GACGACGUUUACAUACCGACAUCUAGCUCGCCGACCACCACCGACACCGAACAGCACCAGGUGUCCAGUUAUACCGGGGGUACCGGUGCUGGUGGUUGUGGUGGUGGGGCUGUGUCUACGAGUUUGUGUAAUGAUAGCUCAUCCCAAUUGUCAACAUUACAGCACAAUAUGGCCACAUCCUCAUCCAUUAUCACCACAGCCGCCUCCUCUUCGGGUUACCUGUCAUCGCACCCAUCGGACGACAGCCUACCAUCGCUGGUCACAUCUGGCGUGAAAACAGCGCUGCCAUCGGACGCCACGCCAACCGAGACCUACGAGUGGCUGAACCGGAAUCGCUUCCACCGUUUGACAGAUGUGUUGAUGAACUUCUCGGCCGAAGACCUGCGG